UUGGCAAAAAAUGUUGACACCUGUCAAGUUGUGGGGCAAUGAGUUCUGCCGGGACUUUGGAUGAGUUGUUACAGGAGUUGAACUACGAUUUCAACUAUUUCCUGCACCAAAUUCGAACGCACUCGCGCCGCUUGGAUCAGGGCCAACGCCGGCUGGUCGAAGCUUGGAUCGACAAACUGGCUCACACCAAUCAAACGCUGGAAGAGGUGCGUCUGCGAAAUGAUUUCCUGUUCUAUUUGUCUUCAAACUGUGAGCAAGGAACCUUGCAAGCACCUUUCGACCAGCGACCUCCCCCAGGCUAUGUGCUGAAUGCUACGCACUUGAUUCCCACAGAAACUCCUAAGACGCUUUUCGAGAAUUCUCAAUCGCCACAAACCGAGCUUUUUCGUCGAUCACCGGACGGGGGUGCCUUUUUAGUGUCUCAGCCAGUACCGAGAUGUGGAGCUUUCUGUUAUCUGGCCAUCGUUAGCAAACGGCCCGCCCAAAACAAGAAAAAAGGGGGCGAACAAUAAGGGUAGCUGGCUACUAAAUUUAGCUCUAAUGCGUUAAUUGAACUCAUAACUAGGGAAAUAGUACGGAAAAUAU